AUGGAGUUAGGCAUGGCAAUGAAAACUCUAACAGGCAGCCGUAAAGUUAUUAACAUACUGAAUCGACUGGGGCAUAGUAUAAGUUAUUCGGCAGUUGAAGAAUUGGAGACGGAACUAACAUAUUCUUCAUGUGGAGAAAAUUUCACGACACCAUAUGGAAUUCAGCAAGAACCAAAUUUAGCAACAGGAGUAGCAUUCGAUAAUUUUGAUCGGUUUGUGGAAACACUUUCUGGAAAGGAUACGCUGCAUGAUACAGUAGGCAUCAUUUAUCAGAAUAAAAAUAUUACUGAAGAUGUGGAGGAAAUUGAUGUUAACGAUAACCCAAGAACAUCGUUACUCAGUACAACAUCUCAGAGGAAAAGACGACGCAUGUUUGAUAUUCUUGAUACAGACAUCGAACCAUAUCGCAAAAAGCCCAAGUUACAAGAAGUUUCAGAAUUUCCUUCAUUAUCGAUGAGUCGGAAUAAAUAUAAAUUCAUUCAACGUCUGGAUAACAUAUGGCUCAUACUUCUUGCCAUAACCGACACUGAAAUUCCUAUGUGGACCGGAUGGAACAAUCUACAACUGGAUAGCAGUACUUUGCCCAUGCCCAUACAGAAUGUUUCUUACUUGCCACCAAUAAACGAAUCUCCUACAAACAUGUCAGUAGUGGCUCAUACAUUGAAUUUAGCACAAAAUAUAGCUCACGAGUGUCAACAACCCUACAUAUCCGUAACAUACGAUCUGGCUAUAGCAAAGAUGACCAUGCAAAUUCAGAGCGAGGAACGACCCAAAUACAAUAACAUAUUUAUUCAAUUAGGGGCAUUUCACAUCCAGAUUUUUUUUUUCAAAGCAGUAGGGAAGUACAUUGAAGAAUCUGGAGGUCCAUAUAUACUUGCUGAAUCAGGAGUGCUAGCUUCAGGUUCCUUGAAAGGUUUCAUAACUGGCACCUAUUAUAAUAGGUGCAAAAGAAUCCAUCCUAUAUGGAUCCUGAGAUUAUAUGCUAACCUAGCGAAUGUAGAGAAUACACAUCCCGGCCUCAAGGAAACAUUAAUUGGUGGCGGUAUUUCCAUACGGCGAACCGAAAAAUCAUUCUCGGGGACACCAAUAGACUUAACACUGGAGCAGACCAUCAAUGCAGAUGCUGCCAAUAAGUUAACAGGCAUCACUUCUUUCACCAAUUCAAUAUCAGCUAGGCGUCGGUGGGCAGCAAGUCAUUCUCUACGGACAUCUUCAGUUACAAAUUUGUUGGAGAACCUGAAACUGACUUCUGCUGAAGACGUAUCGAAUGAUCUUCGCAAUCACAGAAUAGAAAAAGAUAACGCAUUCCUACAAGAAAUGGUCAACCAUAUUUCUACAACUUUGAAUCCCUUUUUAUCUGCAAUUUCAGACCAUAAUCAACUUCUUAAUUUGGCGACAGGAAAAGCUGCCACCGAGUGCACUAAAAAUUUUCUUUUGAAUAUUGUUUCCAUGGGAGAAAAACUACGAGAUAAAUUUGUUGCGGAAUGUAGGGAGGAUGCAAGCAGGUUCGAAAAGCCAAUUCCGAAACAGAAAAUACAAAGUUUUGCUUUACAAAACAAAGUGAAAGUUUGCAGAAGAAGAGUCAAUGCUUUUUAUGAAACUUUGGUGGAGACCGUAGCGAAAGCACUACCAGCUUAUCACGCCCUAACAGGCAGUGAUUACACUGCAUCGUUUGCAAGAAAGGGCAAAACAAGAUUUUUAAGACUCAUAGAAAAUUGUUUGAGAACUGCAGAAGUGUUUGGUACAUUCGGCAGCUCUAAAACAAUUUCAGACGAACAAGUAGACUGCGUUGAAAUGUUCAUUUGUAAGAUGUACGGAAGGCAUAAAAUAAAAAGUGUGAACGAAGAUAUUCUUUUCCUCCAUGUAGUUAGCGGGUGUGACACUACAUCGAACCCUUUUGGAGUGGGAAAGAAGAAAGUCCUCUCUAUUUAUGAGAAAAACCAUUUUCUGUCUGACAUUGUCAGUGUUUUCAAAGAUGAAGAUGCAACACCACGCCAACUUUCGGUAGCAGGAGAAAAAUUUGUUGUGGCACUCUACGGUGGAAACAUAGACACAGACACUGUGAACGAUCUUCGCUACCGAAUAUUCUCGAACUCUGUGGCAAAAUCCAGAUUUCACCUUGCCCGAUUGCUACCUACACGGGACGCUGCCCAGUACCAUUCUUUGAGAACUCAUAUACAAGUGCAGACGUGGCUGGGCAACAAAAAGUCACCGUCUGUUUGGAGGUGGACUCUCACAAAACGAUGGUUGAUACCCAUAACAACGACCACAGAUGCAGCUCCAGAAAAGUUGCUGCACAUGAUACAAUGUAAGUGCAUGACAGGUUGUAGCACCGGAGCUUGCAACUGUAAAAAAGCAGGACUCCGGUGUUCAGCCAUCUGCAAGAAUUGUGCAGGAAAUGCUUGUGAGAAUUCGCCUGAAACCGAACUCAACGAGGAAGAUACCGACAUUGAGUGCGACGAGGAGGUCGUCAUGGAUGAGACCAUUGCUCAGGACGAAGAUGCCGACCUGCCAACAAAGUGA